UGACGCCAUGCGCAGGGUUCGGCGUUCUGAGCGCGUCAUCCCGCCGGCGCGUACGGGAAGCGGAGAGCGGACGCGUCUGAGGCUGAGGCUUGCGAGGUAACCAUGGCAAUGACAGGUCAGACAUCCUGCUCCUCGAUGAGUAACCACACCAAAGAAAGGGUCACUAUGGCCAAAGUGACGCUGGAGAACUUCUACAGCAAUCUGAUCGCACAGCACGAGGAGCGAGAAAUGAGGCAGCAGAAACUGGAGAAGGUGAUGGACGAGGAAGGCCUUGUCGACGAGGAGAAGCGUAUAAGACGGUCCCAGCAUGCCCGCAAAGAGACAGAGUUUCUGAGGCUCAAGAGAACUCGACUCGGGCUGGAUGACUUUGAGUCUCUGAAGGUCAUAGGUCGAGGAGCUUUCGGAGAGGUGCGCCUGGUUCAGAAGAAGGACACGGGCCAUGUGUACGCUAUGAAGAUCCUGCGUAAAGCUGACAUGCUGGAGAAGGAGCAGGUGGGUCACAUCCGAGCAGAGAGGGAUAUCCUGGUGGAAGCAGACAGCCUCUGGGUGGUGAAGAUGUUCUACAGCUUCCAGGACAAGCUGAAUCUCUACCUGAUCAUGGAGUUUCUGCCGGGGGGUGACAUGAUGACCCUCCUGAUGAAGAAAGACACCCUCACUGAAGAGGAGACGCAGUUUUAUAUUGCAGAGACUGUGCUGGCCAUCGACUCCAUUCACAGGAUGGGGUUCAUACACAGGGACAUCAAACCAGAUAAUCUGCUCCUCGAUAGUAAGGGUCACGUGAAGCUGUCUGAUUUCGGACUCUGCACAGGGCUGAAGAAAGCUCACCGAACAGAGUUUUAUAGGAAUCUCAAUCACAGCCUUCCCAGUGACUUCAGUAAGGACUACAGCGCCUUCCAGAACAUGAACUCCAAGCGGAAAGCUGAAACGUGGAAAAGAAACAGGAGGCAGUUAGCCUUCUCCACAGUGGGGACCCCAGACUACAUAGCUCCGGAGGUGUUCCUGCAGACAGGCUAUAGCAAGCAGUGUGACUGGUGGUCCCUGGGGGUCAUCAUGUAUGAGAUGCUGAUCGGUUACCCGCCGUUCUGCUCUGAGACACCGCAGGAGACCUACAAGAAAGUGAUGAACUGGAGGGAGACCCUCACCUUUCCACCCGAGGUUCCCAUUUCUGAGAAAGCCAAGGACCUCAUCCUCAGGUUCUGCUGCGAGGGAGAACACCGAAUCGGAGCCGGUGGUGUGGAAGAAAUCAAGAGCAACCCUUUCUUUGAGGCCUUGGAUUUGGACCACAUCAGGGAAAGACCUGCUGCGAUCUCGAUUGAAAUCAAAAGCAUCGAUGACACUUCAAACUUUGACGAGUUCCCAGAAUCGGACAUCCUCCAGCCUCCAGCUCCCUUAGCAGUGAGUAACCAUUCUGAGGCUGACUACAAGAACAAAGACUGGGUCUUCAUCAACUACACUUACAAACGCUUUGAGGGGCUGACGGCAAGGGGAGCCAUUCCCUCGUACAUGAAGACAGGGAAGAGAUAAACUGGGAGACCCCAGUGGACCUGAUUCCCGUCUUUUACUUGCUUUGUUUACCGUUUUGGUCUGUAGCUACAGGGCUUUGCGGGGCUACCUUGCCCUCUUCUGUCCUCUAGAUCUGUGGAAGUGCUGAGGAGAGCUUCAUCCCCACAAACCCAGCUGGAUAUUCAGAAACUGAGCCUUAAAAUCAGCUUGCUCCAGUGUCUCGGAACAAGCCAAGGGCUUUACCGUCUACACGGAUCCUGCUGUCCAUUUCAACAGAGCUCCGAUACCAGGAGAUACAAAAAACAACAACUGCCUUCUGCUUCAUAAAAACACCACGACUGUACAAACCAGCAAAGCAGUCCGCCAUGUGCAUCUCUUUAAAAGAGCGAUCUUUCAGUCUACUGGCGCUGCCCAUUGCGCAGUGCUGACAAAACUCCUAUGCAAACCUAAAGGUUUUAUUUUCUUGGUAUGCUGAUGUCAUCUCCAAAAUGCCUUUAUUAUUAUUAUUUUAUAUAUAUAAAGUGAGGGCUCGUCUGUUUC